AGCUGGAUCAGUGUUGAUGUGGCUUUUAGUGCAAGAGCACGCUUCCGGCUGAUGACUUAGAUGCGGUCUUCGCCACCCAAUCGUGAUAUGUUGGCAUUACGUAAAUUAAGGUGGUGGUCGCGACUCAGUGAUUGAUGAUUAAACUGUGAAGAAUUACUGACCAAAAGACCUUGUCCCUUGUGCGAAAACCUUUUCCAUUAUCACCUCAGAGACAGUGUGGUUCUUCCUCCAUAAGGCUUCCUGAUUGAUGGGUGAAUUGUGUGAAAGCCAUGCCAAGAAAAGUGUGACAACAAUGUGUAAUGUGGAUUAGAAAUGGCUUGAGUGAUUGAAGAACAAAUAAUGUGAUUUAUGAUUUGUGCCAUUCAGUAUCCCUUUUUGGCCAGAAGUGUUGGUGUCACUUACAUAGAAAAUUGACUGCCGUGAAAAGGAUGAUUGAGGGAUUUGGCUCAAAUUAAUUCAAUUAAGCAUCAUUUCAGUGGUGAUAAUUUUGAAUGUUAGGGGUAUCUGUAACCCUGAAAUUCAUUUAAAUCUCCAAGGUUCGGAUGAAGGAAAAUUCACUUGAACUUUGUGGUGGAGUAUCUAAAAGUUCCUCACUCUGAACACAUUUAGAGAAGCAAGUUUUAUCUUACACAAUUAAGUGGGUGAAAAGUGCAGUGAAGUAAUUCAAAUGGUGUAGAGUGGCAGGCGAGUAAAAGUGUAAAGUACCCGUGCUAUGUCACUGGGGCAGGACGUGACAGGGCAAAAGCCGGAUAGUACUUUGCUGUUGAGGGUGAAAGAAACAGAGGAAAUUUGUUUGGUGGAAAAAAAUCCCUGAGAAAUGAUAAAGAGUCCGAGACGUAAGCGGCUUCAUGUGCUGAGAGCAGUUAAAUAGCAAAAUGCAUCGACUCCACAUUCUCAAUUUCCUGCAUAUGCUGAUCACAAUAGCGACAAUGAUUAUGCAUACCACCAUGGCAGACCAUCAAGACGGAAUUCAGAUUCACAGUCAUGGAGAUAGCAGCCAAAUGACACGGAGUAAACAGGAAGAAGUGGAGCUGCCACUGCUCAAUUUACCAGAGAACAUCUCAACGAUCGAUUGGAUUUCAACUGCGGCCCCAGAGAUACUCCUCUCAUCGACAACUGAGACAGCACCAGUGACCACCGAUGCGCCUAUUAAUCUGUCUAUAGCGAACCAUGGAGAAAUUUCCACAACACGACUUCCAGUGCGAAUUCGUACAAUUCCACCUCAUCACCGUCAUCAUCCUCUAACAAAUUCCAGUGGUAUGGGAAAUUCUUCAGCAAGUAGGAGUCCUCUUGGGCCACCCUUCAACCCAGACCAUCCCAUCAAUAACUUCAUCUUCGACUCGCAUUCCGCUUCGGGGAAACACCAUCAUCACAACGAUAGGUAUGGGCCUCACUUCGAGGACAUAAAAACAGUGGGCAAUGUGACCAACAUCACUGUGCAGAUCGGCAGCAGUGUAUAUCUAAAUUGCAGAAUCAGCCUCCUCCAGGACAAAACGGUGUCGUGGGUGAGACGUCGGUUGGAGGUUGGCGAAGACGGAAUGGAGCUACUCACGGUGGGACAUCACACGUACAGCGGUGACCCUCGAUAUACGGUUGAGUUUCAGUAUCCCAGCAAUUGGCGCCUGAAAAUCUCGCCAACCCAGAAAAUUGACGAGGGAACGUACGAGUGUCAGAUUUCUACCCACCCACCAAGAGUCAUACAAGUGAAUUUGCAUAUUAAUGCUCCUGAAGUAAUGAUCAUCGAUGAGAUGGGUGUACCGCUUCAGGACAAAUAUUACGAGGUUGACUCGACAAUACAACUCUCGUGUAUUGUACGCGCUAUGAGGAUGCCAUCCUCCUUCCAUUCCGUUUUCUGGACUCACGGGGAUCGUAUCCUGAAUUACGAUGUCACGAGAGGAGGAAUAAGUGUAAAGACUGAUUUAAUGAACGGAGGAGCAAACUCAACUCUUUUUGUGGCUAGAGUGAAUAAAUCAGACUCUGGCAACUACACCUGUUCGAUAAGCUCGGCCCAAUUCUACACUGUGACAGUUCAUGUUCUAAAUGGAGAAAGCUACGCGGAAUUGCAUCACGGCACCGCAACAAUUUCGUCUCCACAGUGGAAAUUUAUUGGGACUAUGUGCUUCGUAAUUUGUCUUCUGACAUCGCUGUGGCCCCAAGGAGAAGACAUCCCAAUCCAUUUCCUCAAGUCCCGGAUCAACAGAUGAGCCGAUACCACCCUCCAAGUGCUCUAUCAAUUUUCACUAGACCCACACUGAAUAGAAUUAAUUGCAGAUAUUGCAAUUGACGAUGGAACUUAAAGACAAUUAAAGUGUUAGGGGAUAGAGUGAAUCGUGAGGAUAACCAUAGUCAAGAAACUUUUGUCUCGAAUAGCGAUAUUUUCGAGAUAGUUUGUUUUUGUAAAGUAUCAGAAAUUUAUCUCCUUAUCCCAUGUAUGAUAGAACUUUCUUGAAUCAUUUUGUGGAAAGGAAUGCACGAAAUUUUAAUAUUUCUGAGGAUGAUGUUUUGAAUACUUGGUGGGAUAAUGAAAGGACAUAAUGAAGGAGACUUAAAGAAUUGUGGAAAUGUGUUUGAGUAGAUGGACCAUAAGUAUAUUGAGUAUUUUUAGAUGUGAAAUAUUGGAGAAUUUCGUGAGUAAGAAUGUUGACUGCUCAAGUUACUAAAUUAAUCAGAGACCUAUUUUAGUGAGUAUGAAUUGAAAUAAAGUAUUUAAAAUUUAUUACAAUUAAACACCGUAAUAUAUUAAAAUAUAAAUUGAUAAUGAAUAUUCGAGUAAUCCAGGACAAAAGCACUCUUUUAAGCAUAUGUUAAAAUCCAAAUUAAAAAAAGAGAUUGUAAAUAAAAUUGAUGAAAAAAAAACGAUAUCCUAAAUGACUAUUGGUUGAUAGUAAAAUUAAUUAACAGAAAAAUAUAUACGAAAUUUUAUUAUUAAAUUUGAAAUUAUUUAUGAAAAAUUACUAUUGUAAAUAGAGACGAAAAUUGAGGGAAAACACAAUUUAUUAAUUUAAUGAAUAAUGAAAUUAUUAAACAAUAAAAAUGAAGACAGGAAUUUCACAAUGAGAAAA